AUGGACUUCGUCUCCACCGUAUUAGCACUACCAGUGCUCAUACUUAUCUCAAUCCCCCUCGUCACCUCAGCAUGUCUAACCAUCACAUUCGCCCUUUUCACUCUUCUCCUCCGACUAUCAGUCGUCUACCUUGAACUCGGUUACGCAAUAGUCGCCAACUUCUUCACCCUCCCGACAUCUACAACAAGUUCAUUCUUACCUUUCGCCCCCUCCGAACCACAAACACCAGUAUCCGGUAAUUCGAGACGAAACUCCGCCUACAGUCUCAUUCAGUCCCGUCGAAAUAAUGAUCCCAUCUCAUCAUGGACUUUCAACGGACUUCAAGAUGAUUAUUCUAAACGCAAAAAAAAGAAAAAUUACGCCCGGAGUAUGAUCGAGGCUCAUCAUCUUGCUUCAUCGUCGUCCUCGGUAGAGUAUACUCGUAUCCCUGUUAGUGGGGAUGAGAAAAGGGAUUUCGAAGGUGUGGGUGGUUGGCGCUCGUACCCUUCAUCGCGCUCGAAGCCGCGCAGUGUUAAUGGGGCUGAGAAGCCUCUUAGCUCGGCUUCUUCUUCAUCUGCUCAUAGUAUUCUUGGGGAAGGUGAGGGGGAUGUUAAUGAUGAGAUAGAUGCUGAUGAACGCGCUUGGAUGUCUUUAAAUGAUCGCCUUGAGCUUCCGUCUCAGGUUAUCACUUUUGGAGCUGGAUCUGCGACGCCAUCGGCUAUGAAUAGCCCGCGCACCGGGUCUAUGAGUAGCUCAUAUGCACUUAUGUCGGCUUCUUCAAGCUUUUACAAACCACCUUCGCAUUCAAAUGCACAUACACAUGUCAAUACCCAAUACCCAGCGCGUAGGCAUCAUCACCGCUCACAUACAACCUCUGCACUCUCUACGGCUGAUCUUCGGAAUGGAAGCGGUCUUUCCCUUUCGCUGUCUACGAGACCAGACCAUAUACCAAGUCGGUCGGUCUCACCGUCAACAGUACGGCAGUCCUUCAUGCAGCCUUACUCUCCUAUGCAACGAUCUUCCAUGCGCCCGCUACCGACUCGCACUGCGUCGCAUAUAGCUAGCUAUGGCGCUAGUGAGGUGAGUGGAAUGACCGGAGGAGGUGGUUAUUUUGCAUUUCCCAGGCCUGGUGGAGCUCCCGUAUCGUCCUAUUCGACUAUGGCGAGUCCUAUUUCUAGUCGAGGAGCUUCGCCUGGUGCUGGAGAUCGUGAUUCACCCUCACAGCUGACUCGUUUCAUGGCACAUUACCCUACUAGUGUGAGACAUCGGAGGCGGAGUCUCUCGGGUCCUCAUGCGUGGGGUGAUUCUAUUGGGGAGCGCCUGGCGUGA